GUGUUCUUGUUAAUCGCGCCAAGGCUUUGCGCAAAUUAAAGCCGAAUGCGCGCGCGACCUGCUGCAUUCUAAACUGUAAUUGGUUUACUUUCCCAGUGACGUAACUACUGAAUCUUAAGUGAUUGGUUAACGUCUUUUAAUUAUUCGGUUUCCUAGUAACAAGCUAAAGCGCGCUCAAAGUACUUUCGAAAAAUUUGAUAUCACUUCAUUCUGUUGUUGGCAAGCGUUGCGUCAAGUUUCUCGCCGACGUUACUCUGAUCCCAGAAUAUCUCCAAAAUACUUAUUCAGACUUAGGGCCUACCACCACCGAAAAAUCAUCCAAAAUGCGUGAAUGUAUCUCUAUCCACGUCGGCCAAGCCGGAGUCCAAAUUGGUAAUGCCUGCUGGGAAUUGUAUUGCCUUGAGCAUGGAAUCCAGCCUGAUGGUCAGAUGCCCUCAGACAAGACCAUCGGAGGUGGCGAUGAUUCCUUCAACACUUUCUUCAGUGAGACCGGAGCUGGCAAGCAUGUUCCACGUGCAGUCUUUGUUGACUUGGAGCCUACUGUUGUUGAUGAGGUUCGUACUGGAACUUACAGACAGCUUUUCCAUCCUGAGCAGCUCAUCACUGGCAAAGAAGAUGCAGCCAACAACUAUGCUCGAGGUCACUACACCAUCGGCAAGGAGAUAGUUGACCUCGUCUUGGACAGGAUCAGGAAACUGGCAGACCAAUGUACCGGUCUUCAGGGGUUCCUUAUCUUCCAUAGCUUUGGAGGUGGUACUGGUUCUGGUUUUGCCUCUCUCCUCAUGGAACGGUUGUCUGUUGACUAUGGUAAGAAGUCCAAGCUUGAAUUUGCUAUCUACCCAGCACCCCAAGUCUCCACUGCUGUUGUUGAACCCUACAACUCCAUCCUCACCACCCACACAACUCUGGAGCAUUCUGACUGUGCCUUUAUGGUUGAUAAUGAGGCUAUCUAUGACAUCUGCAGACGCAAUCUUGACAUUGAGCGACCAACCUACACCAACCUCAACCGUCUGAUUGGUCAGAUUGUAUCGUCGAUCACUGCUUCUCUUCGAUUUGAUGGUGCGCUCAAUGUUGAUCUUACAGAGUUUCAGACCAACCUGGUGCCAUAUCCCCGCAUUCACUUCCCCUUGGUUACCUAUGCACCUGUCAUUUCUGCAGAGAAGGCUUACCAUGAGCAGCUGAGCGUGGCAGAAAUCACCAAUGCUUGCUUUGAGCCAGCCAACCAAAUGGUCAAGUGUGACCCACGCCAUGGCAAAUACAUGGCAUGUUGCAUGCUUUACCGCGGAGAUGUCGUCCCCAAGGAUGUCAACGCCGCCAUUGCAACGAUCAAGACCAAGCGCACCAUCCAGUUUGUCGACUGGUGUCCAACAGGCUUCAAAGUAGGUAUCAACUACCAGCCACCCACAGUCGUUCCUGGUGGUGAUCUUGCCAAGGUUCAGCGUGCCGUCUGCAUGUUGAGCAACACCACUGCCAUUGCAGAGGCUUGGGCUCGUCUUGAUCACAAGUUUGAUCUGAUGUAUGCCAAGCGAGCCUUUGUCCACUGGUAUGUUGGUGAGGGUAUGGAGGAAGGAGAGUUCUCCGAGGCUCGUGAGGAUCUGGCAGCUCUGGAAAAAGAUUAUGAAGAAGUAGGUGUUGACUCUGUAGAGGGAGAGGCAGAGGAGGAAGGAGAGGAAUACUAGAUGGCUCCAAUCAAAAACACACCUUGAACUUAAUUUAG